GCUGUAGCACUAGCUUGCAGUGGAAGGAAGCUCUUUUGAGAUAUAUACCACAAGACUAAUGUAGACCGUGUCUGUCAGUAUCACCAAACAAACACAUCCAUGAUACUGCGAAGAUGAAUACCAAGUCUACCAGGAUGAAGAUGAAGAUGGGGGGUUUGAUGUGCCAGUCCCAGGCAGCCACUGCAGUGUGCGUCCCCGCCGAUCCUCGCUCGGUGAUAGCGCCGCAGGCGGAGCACGCCAAGUUGAUCAACAGCAGCGUCGUCAGGUACGCUCGCCUGGUUGAUCAUCGUCGUCGUCAUCAUCAUCACCACUCUCGCAGAUUUAGUUCGGCCGAUCAUGACAAGAUGAGAUCAUCAACCCCUGCGAGACGUGAUGUAAAAGCCAUUCAGAAACCGCCGCCUCCAAUGGCUUCCUCGACGUCGACGGAGCAAGUGUUUCAGGUAGUGGUGAUGAGAGUGUCUUUGCACUGUCAAGGCUGUGCUGGGAAGGUGAAGAAGCACAUCUCCAAAAUGGAAGGGGUGACGUCAUUCAGCAUAGAUUUGGAGAGCAAGAGGGUGACCGUGAUGGGACACGUGUCGCCAGCGGGAGUGCUGGAGAGCGUAUCGAAGGUGAAGAGAGCAGAGUUGUGGUCGAGCUAGGGCUCACCUUACUUAUGGUAGGCGGGCUUCGCACGCCAGCAUUUCCCAAAUUAUCAAACCAACCCCCCCUUCUGCCCGUUUCUACUGACUCUGUACUGUUUGGGUAACCAAAAUUUAAUUUAUUAGCGGGCCCCAUCUCAGGAAUAAAAAUAAUUUAACUCUGAUCACAUGCGUUGGGGCAGCAUUGAUGGUGAUGGGUUGCUGCUUCAUCGCUGCCCAUCCUACACCCCCUUUAUCUUUACUUAUUAUUUUUUUUUUUUAGAUUACGCAUUGUAACUUGUACUCUCGUCGAACUCGCUUCAUGAUCAUCACAAGGGAAAUAAAUCAGAUAUGUGCUUGAAUAAUUAGGAUUUUAUUUUUUAAGCUGCAUCCACUGACACUUACCAAUGAC